CAGUGACGUUUAGUCGUAUGUUCGUGGACUUCUGAGAAAAUCUUUUCCCACCUAAACGGUUAAUUCAGCAAAAUUAUUAAUUUAUUUUCAUUGUGAUCAGAAACGCUUUAUAGAAAACUUGUGGAAAAGAAUAGUUGAGAGACCAAAAAUUUCAAUUUUUGCGAUACAUAAGCGCGUUAAAAGCGUUACUAAUAUUUUUCAAUAUUAGCACGGAAUCAGAGCUAUCCAAAAAAAAAAGUUAUCGAUUUCCCGUGGCAGUGCGAUUUGUUUGCUUUUGAUUUAUCCAUAUAUAUUUUCCAAGUCAAUUUGAGAUUGACUUCACAAAGAAUACCCGAGAGUACGAUAUCUUUGUCUAAUUUGCGAACUGACAUUGCGCACCCCAAAGGAGGGGAAACAAAAUCUUAUAUGACUUUUGAAAGAUACGGUGAAACACCAGCAAAAAAAACCACACUUCUCAUUGAGAAAAAACGGAGUAAAGGGUUCGAGCUGUGCAUGAAUUCAAAAGGGCGAACCAAAAAUCACCGGACUUCGAGUAACAGACAUCGGAAGUUACAGCCUUUCAGGUACACAUGAGCCUGCUGCUUUGCCAUUUCUUAAAGACUUAAACUGAAUAGCUGAAUACCUACCACGGCGAAAACAAAAUCUUCAGAAGAAUAAAAGCAAAGCAAUAACCUUGCAAAAAUAAAAA